AUGUCAGACGCCUCGAAGGGUAUUUCCACGCUAUCCGCUCGUGUCGGCCGUGCACGGCUCUCCUGGAAUUCCCAGCUAUUACUCAAGGGGGACGGGGAAUCGGGGUUGUUGCCCGCAUCGAUCGCCGCAACAUCGCUGUCACCGGUGCACGAGGAUGUCCUCUGCCGUUCCAUCCCGGUGCUUGAUGACGUCAAUUUAUCAUCACCGGAAUCGAAGAACGGGAAAUCAAUCGGAAGCAAUUCGAGUGGCGAAACAAAUUCAGCGUGGCGUUGCCGGCUGUUAAUUGGCUGCGGGUGGCGGCGCCGAGACGGCGGCGGAACCGCCGCAUACCCACCUCGCGCCCUCGCUGCGCCGCCCGCCCGCCCUCGCGCUGUUUUCCUCGGCGAGAAAAGCCCAACGCGAGCCGCGCUAGUCGAGGCGGCUCUUAAAUUAGUUUGUCCCUCGUCUGGACCCCUCAGUUGCUAG